UCAUCUGAGCGUCAUCCUAACCUCGUUAUAGAAUCUAUAGCUCGUUUACGUUGCCGUACGCUUGAUAUAAGAUUACCAAAUUUUUCGUACAGCUCUCGGUUUGAAAAAGCGCGAGAAACUAUAUUGCACUUGUGUUACCUUAUCAACUUUGUGCCCGUCGAUCGUGUAAACAAUGCCAAAUUGGAUUUGACGUUUGCUCAGAAGUAACUCGUCAAAUUGAGAUUAACUUUGUUGGCUUGAAGAUUCAAAAUCUCCGCUUACUUUAUUAAAACAUUUUGAAAGUGUACUUUUAAAGUGAAACAGUUUUGAUUUAAUUAGAUAUUGUACAAGUUUUUUCACAGAAAUGUCACAAUAUUUUGAAUGUAUUAGAGUCAUAAUGACGUUAAUUAAUCAUGGAAAAUAUCAGAUACGACGAUAAAAUUGAAAGCUUUGAAGCUUGCUUGAUCGACGGAGGAAAUCAACAAGAAACUAAUGAUUCUGAACAUAAUGGGCCUCAAACUCAAGAGAUUAAUGUAAUAGAUGUUGAAGAGAAUUCGGAAAGUACAGCAAUGCAUUCGACUAACGAUGAACAAGGCCCUACAACUGUAUCGCUUGUUUCUUCUGCAAAUUUGACCCCUAUUAGAAUACCAGCUAUUUUGGAUGGAGAAUUCUUUGUUGUCACCAGGCUAGAAGAAACAAAUGUAACUGCCAAAUGUACACAAUGUCAAAAAUUUUUAAAUGGAAAUUUAAAAUCCACCGGGAAUUUUCUGAGCCAUAUCAAGAGAGUGCAUCCAUUUUUAUUGGAAAAAAUAAAGUCUAAAUCCAAUCAAAGAAGAUCAACUGCCAUUUUUGUUGAACCUGCAGAAAGAAACACAGAUAUAAACAGAGCAAAAAUGCGACCCAAAAAGUUUACGAAAAUUGAGGAACGACAGGCUCUACAAGAUGACAAUUAUGAAUCUGAAGAAUGGAUAGAGCAACCAGUACUCAAAAAAAAAAGGAAUGAAGAAUUUGACAAUAAUGAAAUAAGGGUCUCUCAACAUAGUUCGGUUGUGACAGAUGAUGAAUUUGAUGCUAUUGGGAGAAAUGUAGCUUUCAAGUUACGUAAUAUGAAAAGUAGUCAAAAAAUUAUCGCAGAGAAGCUAAUAAAUGAUGUUUUAUUUCAAGCACAAUUGGGAACUCUUCAAUUGACUUCUUUGCUACAGUUAUAAGAGUGCUUUUCAUUACUUUGAUUAAGCUCUUCUCCAUGUUUUAUAAAAAUAUUAGUUUUAAGUGUAAGAUACAAAUUGAUAACAUUUUACGUAAUUAGGAUUUUUACGUAUAUAAGAGUUAUGUUGUGGAUUUCAAAUAAUUCAAUAUGACAAAAUUAUGAUUGUAAUUUAUAAU